GUUCAGGGAGCUUCACGUUUUUGCCGAGGGGGAAAGCGAGAACAAUGGACGGAGCAGACGUGUCGCUUGCAGAGGAUGCUCUGCAGUCUGGCUUUGCGAAGAAGAAAAAGAAGUCUAGGAAGCGAGAUCGAGAGAAAUUCCAGCAGCCGACGGAGCCUCCUGAGUCUCCCGAUCAGCCACCCCUUUCCUGCCAGGAUGCAGAAGACAGUGAGGUUGGCAGAAAAAAAUCUAAGAAGAAGAAAGCCAGGCGGGAAACGUCUGAAUCCCAGGUGGAUUAUUCCUGGGUCACAGCAGAGCCUGAGCUGAAUUGUGAGACUGAAAUUAGUAAUUCUGGGCACAAGAAGAAGAAAAAGAAGAAGAAGAAGAAGAAACACAAACUUAAUAAACAUGGUAGCGAUGAUGAGCUCUGGAGCCAACCAGCUCCAAAAAGCCCCAAUAAACUGUGCCAGAAAGAGGACUUGGAAAACGGGGGUGGUGUUCACGAUCACGUGCCAUCUCAUAAGAAAAAGAAGAGGAAACGAAUGGAGGAGGUCUGUGUCCCUGAUGAGCCUGUGAAAGAGCAGACCGAGGCCACAAGUUCAAAUAGAGAAGAUCCAAUGGAGGUCAGCGAUUCGAUAGAUACGCAGAUGGAUCUCUUUGCCUCCUCGCCUCUAUCCUUGGCAGAGAUACCACAAGACGACCUUCUGCAGGAGGAAGGAGAUGCUCAAGAGGGGAACUGCUCUCCCGCGGCUGAUGAUUCAGAUGUUACGGAGGUGGACCUGGUGAUGGAAGGGACGUCCGCUGGAGACCAUGAGCAGACGCCACCUGGAUCACCACCACCGAAAUUGCCUACCUCAAAAGUUAAGACCAGACUGAAUCAGUCCGUAACAUCUGCCUCUGCGGGUACAAAACACCCACCUUCCAGCGAACAUCCCCCUUCGGAAAUAGGCUCUCUAGAUGAAGAUGAGUCCCUGGAGUUGUCGGAUAUGGAACAACUGGAGGCUGUCACCAAAGAGCUAGAGGAAUUCAUACCUCACGUGAGGACUCUGUCGGAGUUAGCGAUCAAGCAGCUGGCUAAACGAGAUCUGGCCAGGUUUAGGGAUUUUAAAAAAAAAGGCGUCGCUGUCAAGUUCGGCACAUUUUCCAAAGCAGAAAAUGACUUAUUAAAAGAAAAUGUUGAGGCCUUCUUGGAAGAAAGCGGGAUUGAGACGGCUGAAAAACUCCUGUUCUCCCACAGAUUUCCAGAAGAGCAGGCCGAAAUCAAGAGACGGAAAUGCCAGUACUUAUUUUGUGAAGGCAUUGCUCGGGGUAUUCCCCGACCCUGGAGACUUGUUUAUUAUCGGGCUAGGAAAAUGUUUGAUCCUCAGAAUUACAACGGACGGUAUUCAAAGAAAGAAAAGAAACAGCUGCAUAAAUAUCACGCCAUGUAUGGAAACAACUGGAAAAAGAUUUCUGAGCAUAUGAACCGAAGCAGUCACUCGAUUGCCUUGAAAUAUACGCAGAUGAUAGAAGACUCUAAUUUGGGUCCUUGGAGUAAAGAAGAGACUCGGAGACUCAUUCAAACUCUCAAAGAUAUUCUGAGAACUAAAGUGAAAGGCUUGGAUUCUGCUUUGGAGAAAGGGGACGCCGAUGAAGCGCUCAUCCUUCUGCGGGAAAAUCUCUACAAGGAUAUCGGCUGGAUGAAGGUGGCAGCCAAAGUGGAGACCAGAGGUUGGAGACAGUGUAAAAAAAAGUGGACAUCAAUUGUAACAAAGAAGAUGAUGGGAAAAGAGCGUUUCCAUGGAUUGAACAACUUGCAGUUUAAGAUCGACCUCAUUGAAAGAUUGUAUGAGCAGAACGUCGCAGACACCAAUGAAAUCGAUUGGGAGCUCAUCGCUAACGCUAUUGGAAACGCUCCUCCAGAUUAUGUCCAACAGAGAUAUUACAGACUAAAGACAGCGUACGUUCCUUUUUGGAAUGAAAAAAAUUUCCCAGAAAUUAUUGACUACCUUUUUGAAGAGACAUUGCCCAUGUUGAAGGAAAGCAUGGAGAGACUGUCCAAAAGACGUACGACCAGAAACAAGGACAGGAGCUGGAAAAAGUCCUUCCAGUUCAAUGACAUCUUCCAGGAUGAGCUGGAGGAUGACGAGUUAAUCUCAGAAGACGACAGCGAUGAAGAGAUGGGAGAACCCAGUCACGUUGAUGGCUGAGACGCUACCCAAUGCUGUGAGUUCCUAACAAAUUCCAUCAGUAAGAAGCAGGAAGGGAGCAUUCUGGAUAUCGCAGGGAAAAGAUGAUGGUUGCUCUCAUUUGCUUCCCUGCUUUUAUUUUUAAAGAAUAUAUAAAUAUUUAACUUUUUAUUGAUGCUGCUUCAGACGUUGAGGAGAACGUUGGGUUCUAGAGAAGGGAAAGCCUAUCUCGGCUCAUGGAUGAUUCUCUGCUGCUAAGAAAUACCCUGCAAAGUUUUGGGCUACACGUGAUGUAUCUUAAGCAGGUGUGUGUUCUGGAACCCCAAAAGGCCAUUGGAGCAGUUAGGAUGGUGCUGACGCUUUCAGUGUUGAUGGUCUCCUAAUCAAUACUGGAUUGUUGGAAAAGGGAGAUGUCUGGAACCUCAAGAUGACGUGGGUAGCUUCUCCUGGUCCAGAAAGAUGCCAACUGCCAUUCUUCCUGGCCAUGCCAGUGACAGCAUUUCCAAGCUGAAGUUAUGGGACAAGUUCCACCUUUUGCGGUGUCUGUUGAUCCUUACUCUCCCUUAGAGGAAAAUCUCAAGAUCUUGCCAUCUAGUCUCCACUUCACAAAGAGCCAGCCAUCUUUUUCCCCGGGUGCCAAACUCCCCAAUCUUUUUAAAACUGCCACAUUUCCAAUUGCCAAAUCUCAGGGGGAUUUGAACCCUUCCCUCCCCCCAAAUUUUCAUGGGAUUUGAACCAUUUAAUAGUGAAAUAUAUAUUUUCAGCUUGGCACGGACCAAAACGCUUUCAAGUCAGAUGAGACGUUUCCCAACCAGCGGAGGACCGAUGAACAAGAUAACUCGCCCCAUUUUAGCUGGGAAUAAGAGAUUUUUCAAGACCAGAGCACACAACGCAUUCCAUCUUUUGACCAUCCUGUCUCGCCUCGCUUAAAUUCUCUUUCCAGAGCCGUUGUAAUCCUUGCAAAGGAAAAGCGGCUGUUUUCUUCUUCUUGAGAAGUUUCAAGAAGGUGGCAAUGCUCUAAAAAAAAUCUCAGUAUUCAAACAACGUUGCAUUCAUGGAUGGAAAAGGUCCUGAAGUUGAGGUGUUUAAAAGCACAAGCGAUCCUAGUUCAGUUCAGUUCAGUUCAUGCUCACAUUGUACAGUUGUAGAGAAAAGGUGCUGAAUUACACGAGGCUAUGGGGUCCCUCCAAACAGCAGAGUUCAAAUGAUCUUUGUCUUUCAGGCGUACAAAGGGCGUGGUCGCAUAAGGAUUUUAUUUUUCUAAAAGGGUUUUCUGGUGGGACGGGUUCUUUUGGAUGCAAAAUAAUAUUUGU